AUGCAAGAAGUUAUUAACAAUUUAAUAUACACGGGAGGGUAUGACCAGGAAGAUGAUCCCGUUCUCGUGGUUACGGCAGAGCUGGUAAAUUCACUGAGAGCAGACGCCGACAGCAUUGUAGAUGCUGUGUACACUCGUCUCAACGACUUGGUGCAGGGAGGCCCGUUCAGCGUUGUGCUGUCGGCACAGAGAACAACUAUAUUUACUCAUUCCUCACUGCUUGCCAAGGGCUACCGGCGGCUGGACUACACCUUGAAAAAACAGAUUAAAGCUGUCUUUAUACUUUUCCCCGAUUGGCUGUCCCGAGCAACCUUGAUGCUGUUGCUUCCUAUGGUGAGCCCCAAGUUUUUUGCCAAAGUAUUUUACGUAGACAGCAUCUCCAAGCUGCCUGAACCGAUCGCUGGACGAGCCAUCGCAUUCCCAGUUACGGUUUAUGAACGUGAAUGGGAGGUACAAAUGCGUGCACGCGGUUCUCGAGCAGAAAUUCAAGCGCAUGUGAACGCAUUUCCUCCAACAGCACACGCUCUCAGCCUUCGUGGUGUCCAUCGGCUAUUGUACGAAUGCGCCGUUUUGAUACAGCAGCGUGUGCACACUGAGGGCCUUUUCCGACGAUCGCCAUCAAAAUCUCACACUGACAUUCUAUGGUAUUUGUACGAAAACGAUUUUGAGGUACCGCUUGCUUCAUUUGGUCCUGUUGCAGCGGCUAGUCUUGUAAAACGAUAUUAUCGCAGCAUGGAUAAACCACUUUUCAGUGCUGCUUUUGUAAAGGAAUUGGAAGAAAAAAGCUCGGAGGCGAGCAGGGACGCAGAAAAUACACUUGCAAACGCCCAAAGCGGAGAGCCUCUGGCCCCAGAAAAUCAGACUGUGCCGCCUCCCCCGGCGGUUGCUAUUUCGUGCAUUAACACUCAUUUAGACACCGAAGCCCAAAAUGCAGCACUCUACUUUUUCUCCCUAUUGCACAGUGUUUCCACUGCGUCUCAGGAAAACCUUAUGGAUCCCUGGAAUCUCGCAGUGUGUGUUGGACCAACGUUGGUCCCGUCUGAUGAUGUGUCUACUGUUCUUAGUCUCCGUUCUCAAAGCACAAGUCCUUUUGGAGUAUUCCUUCAAUCGGCUAUUGAGCACUACAGAGACUGUUUUCCUAAAGCCGAUCCACGUUGGGAAGUCCGCCGCUUGAUUACAGAAGGUGCGUCAAACGAUUUCGAGCCGUAA